AUGACCAGCACCCUCCGACCUGCACCCUGCACCCUACGACCAGCACCCUACGACCAGCACCCUCCGAUCUGCACCCUGCACCCUACGACCAGCACCCUACAACCAGCACCCUACGACCAGCACCCUCCGACCAGCACCCUGCACCCUGCACCCUACGACCAGCACCCUACGACCAGCACCCUCCGACCUGCACCCUGCACCCUACGACCAGCACCCUCCGACCUGCACCCUACGACCAGCACCCUACGACCAGCACCCUGCACCCUACGACCAGCACCCUGCACCCUGCACCCUGCACCCUACGACCAGCACCCUACGACCAGCACCCUGCACCCUGCACCCUACGACCAGCACCCUACGACCUGCACCCUGCACCCUACGACCAGCACCCUGCACCCUGCACCCAGCACCCUACGACCAGCACCCUCCGACCUGCACCCUGCACCCUACGACCAGCACCCUCCGACCUGCACCCUGCACCCUCCGACCAGCACCCUCCGACCUGCACCCUGCACCCUGCACCCUACGACCAGCACCCUACGACCUGUACCCUACGACCUGCAUCCUACGACCUGUACCCUACGACAAGCACCCUACGACCAGCACCCUGCACCCUACGACCAGCAACCUACGACCAGCACACAGCACCCUGCCCUCCCCCAGGAGAGGACCCCCCCCCCUCCCCUACAGGCAUCACCUUGA